UUCUCCAGCUAUAAGAACCAGCACCCCCGGGCGCUCCAUGCCCAGCUGACACAGACCAGAGCAGUUCGAGCGCCACCGUCGAAGCAGGAAUGGACUGCGGUACUGAUGAUGCGCACCAACACGGCCAUGGCCAUGGCAAUGACGACGGCGGCGAUGCGGCGGAGUGGAAGAAGGUGGCGGAGCUGAGGGCCGUGGUCGAGGCACAGGACCCCGCAGCCAAGGAGGAGGACGACCUCGCGCUCCGGCGGUUCCUGCGUGCCCGGGACCACAACAUCGGCAAGGCGUCGGUGAUGCUCCUCCACUACCUUGCCUGGAAACGCGUCGCCAAACCCCAUGGCUCGAUCUCGGACGACGAGGUGCGUGACGAGAUCGCAAAGGAUAGGGUCUGCAUGGAGGGCUUCGACCGUCUCAACCGCCCCAUGGCGUAUCUCUAUGGCGCGCGCCAUUUUCCCGCCCGGCGUGAUCUCGACGGGUUCAAGCGCUACGUCAUCUAUGUCCUCGACAAAAUCUGCACCAGGUUGCCGGUGGGGCAGGAGAAGUUUGCGGCGGUGAUAGACAUGAGGGGUUGGGGUUACGCCAACUGCGACAUCCGCGGGUACGUGGCGGCACUGGACAUCAUGCAGAGCUAUUACCCAGAGCGCCUGGGCCGAGUGUUCCUGAUCCACGUGCCCUACAUGUUCAUGGCAGCAUGGAAGAUGGUGUACCCAUUCAUCGACGAUAGGACCAGGAAGAAGUUUGUGUUCGUGGCCGAUAAAGACCUUGACCCCACCCUCCGUGGCGCCAUCAAGGAGUCCCAGCUCCCCGAGGAGUACGGCGGCAACCUGAAGCUGUAGGGCUAUGAUAGUUCACUAUCGUCUAAGUCCAUGUAACGAUCGGUCGAUGGCGAUCACUACCUGAGAUAUGCAAUUAAGGGUGCGUCAGAAUAUCUACUA